AUGGACUGCUUCAAGCAAAUCUUUCGGGCUAUUAAGGCACCUUUUGUGCGCAAGGAAGGAAGAAUCGUCGAGAUUGGACCCCCUACCAAUUUCCGCAAAGAAGAAUUGCCCGCGUGCUUCUCCGAUGCCGAGUCAGUCUUAACGCGCAAUCUCACUCCGUCCGAACCGCCUCAUCUGACAUCCCAGUCACAGUACUUUGACGUCUCAGAAAAGCCACAGCGAGAUGGAGGAUGUGUCUCCCGAACCGACUGCCCGUCGACCAUCUGUGUCGGCCAAGAUCCGCAGCCAUGUCCGAAAGCUCAGCGUUCGACGCUUGCCCGGAUCCGAGACUGCUUGAAGACUUCGCGCCUGUCUCUCGGCUCCAAGAAGACGGCGAUGGGCCCCUCCGGAGAAGCGACCGGUGGUGAUCAGCAUACAUUCAGCACGAUAGCAGAGAAGGUCAAGAACGAAAAUGAGAACAUGGGCGAGCAGUGA